AUGAGUUGGGCCUUGAUGCUAAAUCCUGACGGUUUGGAUUGCCACCUUUUUGUAAGCCACGCUUGGCAGGAAGGCAUCUUCGAAUUUCUCUCGAAAGUGCUCACUUCGUGGCCGUCCAGAGCGCACAACGCGUGGUGUUGCAUGCUGGCGAACCCACAGAAUUUGAACAUUGGUUCCAUGUUGCAGUCGCCCAAGACCUCACCCUUCGCCUUGGCUCUACAAGCGUCUCGCUAUGUCUUGGUGGUGCCCAAUCGUCACCAGAGCGUCUACUGUCGCCUUUGGUGCGGCUAUGAGGCCUACGUCGCCUCGGAGAAUGAGAAGAUCAUCCAAAUUGCCACAGCACCCAGUUGGGGCCCCAUGGUUUGGACCUUGAUGAGUUCCAUGAUGCCCAUUCUCCUGGGCCUGACGAUAGGUACAAUUGCACCAUCUCAAGCGUGGCAUCUCAAGCUGGAAGCAGCUGUCGUGGCCGGAAUUGCAGCUAUGAUAAGUACCUGUACCAGAUCCAAUUGGCGGCUGAUAGCCAACUAUGUAGGUCUUGUGGCUUUUGCUUCAUUGGAAAGUCUGGGUAACCCCUUCCGGGUACACUUCCAGAACAUCCCUGACACCAUGGAAACCUUCGUACAUCACUUAUACUGGGCCUCCGCCCUGAGUUUUUUUCGUGGUCGCGGAGUGCGACCGCGUGCGGAGCAAUCAAAUCGAAGACGAAGGCCGACAGCUCCGAAAGAGAAGUACAAGGGCUCCAUACAGUUUGCCUCGUGUUCCGAGCCCAAUGACUUGCGGAACAUUUGGGAUGAACUUGGUGACCAGGUUCAUGAGGUGGACAAUGCCAUCAAUGUGCUCAUCUCUGCUGGUGUCUCCUCCCCAUCACUGCGAAGAGCUGCGGAGCUGGGAGUGAAGAUUGAAGGUGCUGGACAUGCCGAAGUGGCCGUGGCGGUGGUGGUCUUGGGGCCCUUCCACUUUCUGAGUCCCUUAGCGUGGUCGGAGUCUUCCGACGGCUUCGCCCCGCGGAGACAUGCGGAGACGGAACCGAUCUGGGCAGGUGGUGGGUGUGGGUUUCUCUUACAACUAAUCGCUAUCAAAAGGGCCCCCGGUAGACCGGGAGCCGAACUAGGAGAGCCCGUGACCCCCAAAAUGAUCAAACAUGUGCUCAAAGGAGGUACUGUUGCUUUUGCAUCUCAAUCAUAG